AUUAGCUUAUGCAUUAAAUCAUUGUCAAGUGUCAACCUACUACGACACAAAUUUCUUCGGCUCCAUUAAAUAUUUAACCUUUGAACUGAGCAUAUAUCUGUAGUAGUCUCACUUGGCUCCACAUCACAGCAACAAUGAAAGCUCUGCUCUUCCUUGUCUGCCUACUCUUCCCCUUCAUCACUGCCUCCUCCGUCGCCUACCCCUCUGUCCCAGACUGCUCCUCCUCCUUCUCCGAUGGUGGUGAGGACCUCCAGCCUCUCCGUCGAGAAACUUAUGGAAGUGGCUGGAUCUUCGACAUAAGCCACCGGAUCACCUCUGAGAUGCCAGCCUGGGGAUCCACGGAUGGGCUGGGGCCGUACCUCAGGCUCCGCACAAGCAUGAAGAAUGGAUCACUUGCAAACUCCUCAGAGAUGAAGCUGCCGGCCCACACCAGGACCCACUUGGACGCCCCGGGCCAUGUUUUCGAUCACUACUUUGAUGCUGGGUUCUAUGUAGACUCACUUGACAUGAAAGUCCUUAAUGGCCCUGCCCUGUUAGUCGAUGUUCCAAGGGAUAAGAACAUAACUGCUUUCCAUGUAACAGUAUACCCAAGAAUGUCCGUACCAAAGUUCUGUUUAUUUAUCAGGCGGCUCAUGUACACGAAGGAGUUUGAUACGAGCUAUGCCGGUUUUACGAAGGAUGGAGCACAGCGGUUGGUAGACAACAAGGACAUCAAACUGGUCGGAGUUGAUUACUUGGCUGUAGCUGCCUAUGACGAUGCGAUUCCAUCUCACCUCGUUUUCCUUGAGGGGAGGGAAAUUAUUCUGGCAGAAGGCCUCAAACUUGAUGACUUGCCAGCCGGGAUAUAUUCCGUCCAUUGCUUGCCCCUGAGGCUGGUCAGGGCAGAGGGAUCACCAAUGAGAUGCAUACUAAUCAAUUGAUUGAUCAAUCUCCGUUAAAGUUCUGGAACAAAUACAUGGUGGUGAUUGAACUUCUGCCGCUCCUCUUAGUGACCGAACUAAAACUCUCUCUGCUCUUUCUUUUCUCAGAAUGUCAGAUCGCUUGCUGUUAAACUCUUUCCAUGAUGAAGUGUGCUAAGGGCUUUCUUUUCUUUUUGGUGCCUUCCUACCUUUCAAUGUACUCUUUGAUUAGCAGACCCUA